AUCGAUUUUCGGCCACUGUUCAUCAUCUUCUUCCUCUGUUCAAUUUUUAACAUUAUCAUUUUUAAUUACCAAACUUCAAUUAAAUUAUAUAGGAAUGUUCCCCAAUGUUCACAGAUCAUUUUAGAGUCAUUAAUUUGUAGUUUUAACAACAAUUUCUUGGUUUAUGAUUCUUGGUUCUUCAAACAUGUCAAACAUAAAACUCAACCAAACGACCGUUUAUGAACGUAAAAACGAUCUAUACGAACAUUCUAAUCACUAGAUAUAUCUACGGGCUUACCUCGAAGUGUAAUGGAGGUUUUGAAGAUUUUCCGGCGAAACUUCCGGCGAGGAUUGUGGCUAUCUCCGGCGAUGGGAAGCUCUCUUGACAGCACUACUUCACUCUCUACACUCUCAGCUAUUUAUUGGAAGAAGAAUGGGUGUUGUUGGGCAUUCUCAACCGUGGCAGCGACGGAGGGAAUCACAAAGCUUACCACCGGAAAACUGAUAUCCUUGUCGGAGCAACAGCUGGUGGACUGCGACAGGAUAAGCCACGGGUGCGACGGAGGGUGGAUGGAGGCCGGCUUCAAAUACAUCACCGAGAACAGGGGCAUAACCACCGAGGCCAACUACCCCUACACCAAAAUGCAGGGCCCCUGCCAGCAGAGCAAGGCCUCCGCCGCGGCGGCGAGGCUCGGCGGCUUCCAAAUCGUUCCCAAGAACAGCGAGGCCGAGCUCCUGAAGGCGGUGUCGCGGCAGCCGGUGUCCGUCUCGAUCGACGCUGCCGGGCAGCCGAUGCAGUUCUACGCCGGCGGGGUUUUCACCGCCCAGUGCUCGACGCUGAUCAACCACGCCGUGACCGCCGUCGGGUACGGGACGGACCCCAACGGGAUGAAGUACUGGCUGCUCAAGAACUCCUGGGGACCCACUUGGGGAGAGCGGGGAUUCUUGAGACUGCUGAGGGACUCCGGUGUUCCGGAGGGACAAUGUGGGGUCGCCACCCAAUCUUCUUUCCCUCUUCCUCCUAAGUAAUUGUUAAACAAACAAACAUGGGAAGCAUUUGUUGUUAUGAUAAUGAAAAUAAAUAAACCAAAUUAAACCAGGGUAGUGGGUACUGCAGGGGAGUGAGCGAAACAGCGCCAGUGGAUCGGCGGCGAGAUGCGGUGGUACGUCGUUGCUUCUCUUCUCACCGUUCUCACCAGCUCCCAGGGAAUCUUGACGACGUUAUCUCAGAGCAAUGGGGGCUAUGAAUAUGACUAUGCCACUGUUCCUUUUCUUGCUGAAGUCUUCAAGCUUCUUGUAUCUUGUAUCCUUCUGUCUAGAGAGAUGAAAAGCUCACCUACUCCACAAAUGACCACGGAUUGGAAGAGCAUCCGCCUGUACCUAAUUCCAUCUAUCAUUUACCUCAUUCACAAUAAUGUUCAGUUCGCUACUCUUAGAUAUGUGGAUACAUCAACUUAUCAGAUAAUGGGCAACUUGAAGAUUGUCACCACUGGAAUAUUGUUCAGGUUGUUUUUGAAGAGAAAGCUUUCUCCUUUGCAGUGGAUGGCAAUCGUAUUAUUGGCUGUUGGAACAACCACAAGCCAGGUAAAAGGCUGUGGAGAGGCUUCUUGUGAGUCAUUGUUUUCAUCACCCGUCGAGGGAUAUAUGUUUGGGAUUUUGUCUGCUUUUCUUUCAGCCUUAGCUGGGGUGUACACUGAAUUCUUAAUGAAAAAGAACAGUGACAGCUUGUACUGGCAGAAUAUCCAACUAUAUGCAUUUGGCUCAAUAUUUAACAUUGGACGUCUUCUACUCGAUGAUUUCAAAAGUGGGUUUGAGAGAGGGCCAUGGUGGCAACGCCUUCUACAUGGAUACAGUAUUACAACAUGGUUGGUGGUUUUGAAUCUGGGAACAACUGGGCUUUUGGUGUCAUGGUUAAUGAAGUAUGCCGACAAUAUUGUUAAGGUAUACUCCACAUCUAUGGCAAUGCUUUUAACAAUGUCAUUAUCAGUGGUCUUAUUCAAUUUCAAGCCAACUGUUCAGCUGUUUUUGGGCAUUGUUAUCUGCAUGAUGUCACUACACAUGUACUUUGCUCCCCCAAACAAGCUGGUGGAUUUGCCUUUGACAACAAAACCUGCCCCCGAGAGCUUAGCCGAAAGAACAGUUUCAUGAUGUAUAUGUACGAGUAAAACGUAGAGAAAGUACCAAAAUAGGAGUUCCAUAUUUGUAUUUUCAAAAUAGAAGUUACAAUACCAAGAAUGUCAACAUAUAAUACCAAAAAACACCGUAGAAUGCCAAUAUACAGUGCCACAUUAUCAGUGCAAACUUUUAUUUUGAGAAUAAAAUCAUAUGGAGGUUUUAUUUUGGUACUUUCUUUAUGUCUUACUCUUACUCUGGAUGAUUUCUUAUACAUAUAUAUUGGUUUGGAUUGAUGUCUUCAUUUGUAUUUGCACGAAGCAUUUCAUCCCCGUUCUUAGCUUAACCACAGGAAUAGAGAUGGGUGCAUCUCUUCACUCAGUAUACCGACAAUAGGGACGAAGUUGAUCUUUCUCAUGAUUCCAGAGCUGAUUUUCAAAUGUGUACAACUGUACAAGCCAUCCACAGAUUGUAGUUGUGUUUAC